AUGAACCACAACAUAACAACUUUAAAAGUUCGCGAUCUGGAUGAGUGUGAGUUGAGGUGUUACUACGAGCACAAUUGUGUCAGCCUUAAUUUUGAAAACAAAAUGGUUGGAAAUGGAAAAUACAGCUGUGAAUUGAACAAUUCUACACACAAAGAACAUGUUGAAGACUUUGUGAAGGCACCAAAUUUCCUUUACCGCGGAACAAACGUAAGAUCAUUAAAUUUUAACGUUAUCCAGUCUCCGAGCCUAUUAAUACCAUAACCCAACGCCUGGUCUAAAGGAAAAUGGCUGGAUCUCAGGCUUUGGGCUGGGCUGUGUUGCAAUAUUCAAAUAUUGAGUAGAUAGUUUCUGUUUGUGAUAACUGCACGGGAUGAUGCGAAUAUUAUGGAAUUUGACGCGCUGAGGACCAAUGACGUCAUUUAUGAUGGUAGCCGUGUUGCCCCCACUAAAUCUGACAACGACACUAGGUCUCUUCCUUUCGCCAGCCAUUCUCAUUUACUCUCUGAAAAGCAAGUUUUUCUCCCUAGACGGUUUUGUUUCAACUGUAGCCGUUUUUGAGAAAUUUCACUUUGUUGUUAUUUUUAAGAUCGAAAAUUUUUGUAAUUACCUUCCCCCUUAGACUGCAAGCUCCUCCCAAAAGAAAGCGUCUUUUGCUACUUAAAUAACAUGAAAAAUUCAAUUUAACUUGUUAAACACCUCAAAACAGCGCCUCCGUAUACAUGUAAGACGGGCUAAUCCCUAAACCCGACGCUUAGAGUUGGGCCCUGCCAAUCUUUACUCAUUUUCCUUGAAUCAUGAUGAGGCGGACACCUCUCGCAAAGGUUUAGAAAGGCUCAGAAGCAUAAAGCAAUAUCUCUUUUCCAUAAUAUUUUCCCCAGAAUCCUUGUGGUAGUUCUCCUUGUAAAAAUAACGGGACUUGUCAAUCAGGAUUUACCAAGAAAGGAUAUCACUGCUUGUGUCGAGGCUUUACAGGUGCAAGAUGCCAAGAUGGUAGGUCUGAAAAAUGGGCUAAGUGAACGCAGUAAUCAUGAAACCACGUAAGCUGUACCGCGUUUAAUUAAAAGGGGGAAACUGCAAGUGAGAACAUUAAUUUGAAAAAAGUAUAUCCGCUGUAAUAUUAGCCCCAUCAUUGUCGACAAAACCAUCACAAGUUCAUCAAGCGCAGGACCUUCCAGACGGAAGAAUGAAACAGCUUUCCGGCUCCCGCAUUUUCGGAAGCUCGCACAUAGAUGAAAGAAUAUUCCCUUUACUUUCGAGUGGAUUUGCAACACGUUGCCCUUUACUCUCACCUCCGUUUGGCCUACAAUUCUCGAUCUCAGUUGUUAUUUUGCGCUAAUUAGUGAGUUACAUUUAUCAGGGGUUUUAAGUCAAAUUGUCGGUGGACUGGCAAGUUCUCGUCUAAACGAAGACAUUUUGAUUCUGACAGCUAACUUAAAGGUCUUAUAUAACUUAAGCUGCCAGUUCCACUGUCCAGAUAUCGUGCAGAUAUUUCCGGCGCUUGCUUUGCAAAGUAACUGAAUGAUUCUUGUAAUAACUAUCUUCACCUAGAUAUUGACGAAUGUUAUGAAAAAAGUGACGAGUGUAUCAAGAACGCAGAUUGUAAAAACACAAAGGGAUCUUACAGAUGCACAUGCAAGACUGGUUUCAGUGGAGAUGGAUAUAACUGCACAGGUAUCCCAGCAUUUUUGUUCUGUCGUUAGCUGACUUCAAGUAGAUUGGCAUUGCACUGAAGACUUGGGAAUGCGUCUAUCUCGCCUUUUUUUUGUUUGAUUUAUGUCAAAAUUCUGGUUCUAAGCCCUGGGCUGACAGUCAAAUCUCUCUCAAGGAGCACCUCCCUAAACCGCACACCUAUAGGCGAAUCUUUGCAGUCGUCAUCGUUUACAUUUUUUCUUAUUACCAUACUACUUAACUCAUUGAAGCCGUGGCCGUAUAUACGAACUAAAUGCAAAAGUUGAAAGAGCUGGUUAAGUUGAAAAAUUUGUGCAAUUUUCAGCUCUUUACAAGCAAUAUUGAAGACGAGUGCCCCUGGUUUUUGUUGGCAAUUCCUUUGGUGACUGUGCCUUUUCCCAUUCUGGCCCUUUUUUUAAACAAACUUUCUCUCGCGGUUGUUCAAAUGUUGAAACUUUUCAAAUAAAAGUUAAAUACAUACCGAUUUCAGCUAGCGUGAUUUGCAUGGUGUAAAGCCCUGGACAAUAAUUUUUGGCGCUUCAAAAUUAAUGUUUAUUCAUUGCUAUUUAUUAUAACCCGAACUUCACGGUAGUUUGUCUUUGGUUGAAAAGGAAAAGAGAGGAUAUUGGACUUGAAAAAGAGAGAACUCAUCGUCCUUGAAAGAGGAUAAUGGUUCUGAAGAUGUGUGGGGUCAAAAAGAUUCACGGUGUUACAAAAUUAUCCUAGAUAUAGACGAAUGUCGAGAAAAGAGAUGUGGAACGAACGCAACUUGUAACAAUACAGAAGGAUCUUUCAGAUGCACCUGCAAUAUUGGUUACUAUGGAGACGGAUACAACUGCACAGGUAUCGCAGUGUUUUAUUCCGUUUUCUCCACAGGGACCUUAUAAAGUCUCACAUUCCUCAGAUCAAGCGAUUGUGGAAGAGGCUCAAUGCCUUGUUUACUACAAUUUUUUCCCACAAACUUUAAUAAGCCUCCUUAUCAGGUUUUCCCUAUAACACAAUUAAAUAAUACUGAAGUGUUAGGGCCGGCUUUAAGAAAAAAUUACAUUACCUUGUCACAAUCAUUCUUCACUCAUCAACAAAAUAUACGUUCGUGGAAUCUAUGUGAGCUUGAAAUGCGGGUAAAAAUACCAGAUGCUUAAAAGCGAGUUAAAGAAGCAACAAGUGAGAUAUAAAAAGCAUUUUAUUUAAUUCUUCCGCGAAAAAAAAACUAGCCCCUUAAAUACCAUCUAUUUUGCAUUCAGGGGGAAAUCGUUUACUUUGAAUGCUCCGACAGUGAUCGCAGGUCUUAAAAGGUUAAACAAGAUUGUAUAUACAAAAAAAUAUCAUGCCUAAAUAGUUUUCUAUCGCUCGUAUUAAAGUUUAAAAAUUUUAAUUUUUCCACUGAAGUAACCGCUGGUUAGAGUUCUCUAAUUACUCUCACGGCAAUCUCAAUUCAAGGUGCGCGUUACAUCCAUUUUUUAAAAUAACGCGUUGCAAAUUUUGUUCCCUUAGAAUGUUACACUAUAUUUGACUUCGAAGACCAUGACUUAUCAAACUGGACUUUGAAUGGCACUGCAUUCAAUAAUCAGCCAACAUACGGGAAUAACCCAUCAGCAAGGGAUAAAAACCAGUAUAAUCAUGAGAGCAACCACAAAGGGGAUUGGUGGAUUGGUACCUACGAGAAUCGGUCCAAUCCCUCUGAACCGCCUGGGGAAUACAAGGUGAUGAUCCUCAAGGCUCAUUGA